GUGUUUGAAGGCAAGCAGAAACCAAGUGCACCGUACGAGACAGAGCCAUGGCUCAAUCCGUGCUAUUGGCCAGCACUGGAGGCCGAUCGUUGAGCUCCACCAUGGAGCCAUUGCUCCAGGCACAGAUUCACCGGCUCCGGCCGACGCGGUUCUCCGACCUCAUCCUUCCUCGGACUCCUCGCAGACACCUGCCUUCCACUUCUUCUUCUUCCUUCUUCCCAACUCUUGCUUUGUUCAAGGCUAAAACCAAAGCUCCUCCAGCGAAGGUGGAGACGAAGAAGCCGAAGGUUGAGGAUGGCAUCUUUGGCACCUCCGGGGGGAUUGGGUUCACCAAGCAGAACGAGCUCUUCGUUGGCCGCGUCGCCAUGCUGGGGUUUGCAGCUUCUCUGCUAGGAGAAGGCAUCACAGGGAAAGGAAUCCUAGCACAACUGAACCUGGAAACCGGCAUACCGAUCUACGAGGCCGAGCCGCUCCUCCUCUUCUUCAUCCUCUUCACCCUCCUCGGAGCAAUAGGAGCGCUCGGUGACCGAGGACAGUUUGUUGAUGAUUCUCCCACCGGGCUCGGGAAGGCUGUCAUCCCCCCGGGGAAGGGCUUCCGAGCUGCUCUGGGACUCGAGGAAGGAGGGCCCCUCUUCGGAUUCACGAAAGCGAACGAGCUCUUUGUUGGAAGAUUAGCGCAGCUGGGCAUUGCGUUCUCCAUAAUCGGGGAAAUAAUCACAGGAAAGGGUGCGUUGGCGCAGCUAAACAUCGAGACCGGAGUGCCGGUCAGUGAACUCGAACCGCUGGUACUAUUCAACGUUGCCUUCUUCUUCUUCGCUGCAUUGAAUCCAGGAACUGGGAAAUUUGUGACCGACGAAGUCGAAGAAUGAGGAAAGCAGAUUAGGAUGCAGCGCGAAUUCUUCUUGUUCAUUUGUGUAGUCAAUAGUUAUUGUAGUUCAGUGAUCCGAAAUGCUUGGGAUGGUCAA